GGUCAGUGGGGAAAGGCGGGGCUUUGGGGACCAAGAGAGAGGAGAAAAGGGAGAUGAGAGGGUGAGAGGGAACAGUUGUCAGGGAACUGUUCGAGGAACCACACAGAAAAGGGCCUCUCUAAAGCAACGAACCUGAUAUUUUUCAAGGACCAUAGGACUGAAGUGAAGCCAUGAAGUGCCUGCUGAUCUCCCUGGCCCUAUGGCUGGGCACAGCGGACAUACACGGGACAGAGCUUGAGCUCAGCGAGACACAGCGCAGAGGCCUGCAGGUGGCUCUGGAGGAGUUCCACAGACACCCGCCUGUGCAGUGGGCCUUCCAGGAGAUCGGUGUGGACAGUGCUGAUGACCUGUUCUUCUCAGCUGGCACCUUUGUGAGGCUGGAAUUUAAGCUCCAGCAGACCAACUGCCUGAAGAAGGACUGGAAAAAGCCGGAGUGUACGAUCAAACCAAACGGGAGGAAGCGGAAAUGCCUGGCCUGCAUCAAACUGGACCCCAAGGGUAAAGUUCUAGGCCGGAUGGUCCACUGCCCAAUACUGAAGCAAGGGCCUCAGGAGCCUCAGGAGUCCCAGUGCAGUAAGAUAGCACAGGCCGGCGAGGACUCCCGCAUCUACUUCUUCCCUGGGCAGUUUGCCUUCUCCAGGGCUCUACAAUCCAAAUAAGCCCUGGACAGGGUUUCAUCUUACUUCCUGUACAGCCGUGGCGGUACCCACCAUAUGGCCUCCCAAAGACUUUCAACUCCAGGCUAAUAAAACUGUUCCUUUCCA